CACUGGCAUUACGCCGUUUGCGUAACUUAUUUUGGAAUCCGCUUUUCUUGUCAUAUGCGCAACUGCCGUGUUACGGACGACAGUUCACAUUACCGUCCGCUGCUAACUGCUCUCUUCUUCCUUUUAAGAAGUGACUGAACCAUUUGUGCAACAAGAUGUUUCUAGCAAAGAAACUUAUCGGAGGCAUUAUUGAUGUGGUCAGCAAUAUCGACCCCGGCCAGUUUGUGCCUUCAGAUCCUCCCCCACCCCGCAGACCGCUGGCUUAUGCUGAGGCCAAUGAGUCUGAGGAAGAGAAGCAGUUCCGCAGAGUGUUCCAGCAGCUCGCUGGCGAUGACAUGGAAGUAAGCCCAAAUGAGCUGAUGAAUAUCCUCAACAAAAUCAUUUCCAAACAUGGUGAUCUGAAGACAGAUGGCUUUACCAUCGAGUCAUGUAGAAGUAUGGUGGCUGUCAUGGAUAGUGACAGCACAGGUAAACUGGGAUUUCAUGAGUUUAAACAUAUCUGGAACAACAUCAAGAAAUGGCAGGGAGUUUAUAAAAGUUAUGACAGGGAUCGCUCAGGAACUAUCGGAGCAGAUGAGCUUCCAGCUGCCUUCAGAGCUGCAGGUUUUCCUUUGAAUGAUCAGCUCUUUCAGAUGAUUAUUCGCCGGUAUAGCGAUGAGAAUGGAAACAUGGACUUUGACAAUUACAUUGGCUGCCUUGUGAGACUUGAUGCCAUGUGCCGUGCCUUCAAGACUCUUGACAAAGACAAUGAUGGCACAAUCAAGGUCAAUGUUCAGGAGUGGCUGCAGCUGACAAUGUACUCUUGAGUGAUGUGAAGGCCUGCAAUCAAUUCAGAUCGAAACAAUUAGUUUAGUGCUUAUUGAAAUAUUAUGCAAUAUUGACAUUCUGCUUUACACAGCUCCCUCUCUUGUUUCUCACUCACUAAUUCCAGAGAAAUACCAGCAUGGAGCUGGUCAACCACUGGGGUUAUGUGGGUCACUCGACUGCUAUUGUCUUUCUCUAUAAGUUUUAGUUCUACCAAUUUUUUUUUUUUUUUUUUUGCGUUUAGCCCAUUAGUAGCGUUGUUUAAAAGAAAGCUAACCAAAGAAA